AUGGACCUGCUGAAGCCCAUGUCUGAUAUUCAGGGAUCUCACACCGACUGCGCGGCAGGAUGCCUGGAUUUCAUCAUGAUGGAGUUUGGAUCUAGUCGCUUAUCUUGAAGGAAGAAAACAAGAAAACAAAAAAAUGAGAAAAGUUGAAAUUUUGGGGGUCUUACUAUUAACUCAGGCAAAAUUAUCUUUGGGUUGUCAUCCCCAUGUAAAUCUUGUAAACGAUGAAGAAAAGUGCAUACAGGAUCUGCUGCUUUUUAACUCAAACAAAGCAACAGAAAACAAUGUCAGCGCGCACUGCCAGGGGAUGUGGGACGGCCUGAACUGCUGGCCACCUGCUGCUCUCGGGGAAACGGUUUCUCAGCCAUGCCCCAAGGUUUUUAACUCUGAAGGAAAAGUGCAUCGCAACUGCACAGCCAGUGGAUGGACGGACCUGCUGAUUCCAGAUCAGGAUGCAUGUGGUUACACCUUUAAUGAGACACUCCACUUCCUUGGAGAGGCCUCAGACUCCCAUCUGUACUUCUCCUACGUGAAGACCAUGUACACCGUUGGAUACACGCUCUCUCUCAUCUCUCUCACCAUCGCCAUCACCAUCUUUUCCUUAUUUAGGAAACUGCACUGUACCAGGAACUACAUUCACAUCCAGCUGUUCAUCUCCUUCAUCCUGAGAGCCAUCUUCAUCUUCAUCAGAGACGCUCUGCUGUUCGAUGAUGAAGAGAUGUACCAGUGUGACCACUACCCGGUGGCGUGUAAGAUCAUGCUGAUGUUCUCCAACUACUGCAUCCUGGCCAACUACAGCUGGCUGCUGGCGGAAGGCCACUUCCUCUACACGUUGGUGAGCCGCUCCUUCUUCUCGCUGAAGAAACACCUGGUCUGGUACAUCGUCCUGAGCUGGGGUUUACCGCUUAUCGUUAUCUUCUUCUGGGGAUGUGCCAAGUAUUUCUACGAAGAUGAAGGUUGCUGGGACACAAAGAGACUGGAAUGGAUAUGGUGGAUACUCCGAGUUCCGGUUCUUCUAACCCUAUCGGUUAAUCUGUUCUUCUUCUUGGGUAUUUUGAGGAUACUGGUGAGCAAACUCAGAAUGCCAGACUCCCAGAGGAAUGAAUUCUGCCAGUACAAGAGGCUGAUCAAGUCCACCUUUUUUCUGGUAGCUCUGUUUGGUCUUCACUACAUCCUGUUUGUUGUCGUACCUGCUGAAAUCAGCAGCUCCCUCAAUAAGAUACGGAUGUUUGCAGAGCUGGCUCUGUCCUCCACUCAGGGCUUCGUUGUCGCCAUCCUCUACUGCUUCAUGAACGGAGAGGUGCAGCAGGAGUUUAGGAGGAGGUGGAGAAGGUGGAAGCUCACUCAGCACCUGCCCAGUCGACCACGGCAGCAUCACAACUCCAUCAGCCACAGCGGCUCGGCCCACACGCAGGUCUCCCUGCUGCCCUGCUCUCCAGGAAGCCCGACGAACAGCAGCCUCCCUGCGGAGAUGUGACACAAGCGGCGUGUGGCUCAGUUCUUGAUGAAUGUGUAAAGACAUAUUUGAAAAUAUGUAGAUAAUUUAAAAAGUAUUCUAAACCUUCCGGCUUUAACUGAAUUUUAAUAAUAUUUUUCGUAUUUCUAGUGUCUUUUAAAGGCACUCUAUGUAGCAACUCCACAUCUGACCACACGGGGGAUCUGCAUCUGCUGUGUUUACAAGAGUCACUGAUGAUAUUAUGAGUGGGCACAGUCUGGUAUUAUCACUUUGUCCCACUAGAACAGGGGCUGACACUUGUGAUAUGCUGCCCCCUUGUGGUCGGAUGUGGCUUCAAAUCAGAAAGCAAAGCUGCAUAACUACAGGACUGUCUCAGAAAAUUAGAAUAUUGUGGUUUUCUGUAAUGCAAUUACAAAAAAAGAAAACUC